AUGGAUUUUGAGCGCUGUGCAGAGCUGCACAAUAAGCUUGCACAGAUAGGAUGGGAAGCGGCAGGAUACGAAGAACCACUUCCAGCCACGACGUGGUGGGAUGUAUAUGGUAACGAUCAAAAAGCGGCAGAUAUUGCGAAGAGAUCGCCUACCUUUGCGAAAUUUCUCAAGCUCGCCAUCGUAAUCCCGUUCGACUACGGUACUCGCAAUCAUCGCGAGCACCACCUCUUUUACCUCGUGUGUGGUUUAAUGUCUCCUAAAGGCAUGCGUGAACCAUCUUAUAUCAAUGUUGAUGGACUUGGGCUGCAACACGACAAUCCGCGUUUCAUCACCAUAUACGCGACCACGAUCCAUAACGAUGAUUUAUACGAGGGAGUUCUCUAUGAUCUCCACAGUAAUGAUGCUAUAUAUGUGACAGACGUUCAAGAGCGCCAUAUUGCUUUUAAUGGACGACAACUCUGGUAUCCUCUUGAGGAUAUGCUUUCCAAUUGGCAUACAAUGAUCGAGAAUGGCCAAAUUGUUGCUAUAUCAGACGAGGCCGACUCGCCUCCCGAUAUUCCUGCUGGUCUGGUGAACACGGAUCACGAAUGGACUGUCGAUUAUAAUCGCCAUAGGCCCUGGGUGAUGCUGCCUUACUCUAAAGGUCUACUUGAAAUGUGUCUGACUAGUUGGGAACAACUUGUUCAGGCCAUUGAAGACCGAAUAGACUUGAGUACUACACAGGGAGCACAGUAUGGUAUUUACGAUGAAGCGACUCUGAAUUCUGCAGAGAUUCCUCCCGGAUUCGCGCGCGACUUCUUAUCACAGGCCCGGAAACCGAAAGUGGAAUACCUCGCGCCUGGGAUGCGUUUAGUGAGUGCGGGAGAUUUUAUCAAGCAACCAUUCUCCCAGGACGCGAAGAAAUUCAGCCACGACCGCGGGUCAUCGGGAACUGAUCUUUGGCCUAUCCCUUUGCUACAAGCGUCAGAGCUCGCUUUGCCAGGAAGUCCUGUUGGCAGCUGGACUCCGCUGUGGCAAUUUUCUAAAUCUACCUACGCAGCAGGACUUUAUUUUGAUGGCUAUCGUUGGGGUGCACAGCCUCUUGAGACUGUGUGCCGCCUAGUCCUACCAUUUGGGAUUGGUAGUAAAGGUAACAUGCGGUUAACGGACGGCUCGGUUUCAGGGGAGAAAAUUGGCAAUAAGGAUCCGCCUAUGAAAUUUGAAGAUAGACACGCAGAUCUCUACCAACCGGGUUUUAAUCCGUUUGGAGACUGGCAACAUGUCUCUUUGCAUUCAAUAUUGCAAUCAUGGGUGUCCCUUGUGGAGAAAGGAGAAUGGAAAGUAUCCAAGCAGGGCGUCGCAGAGAGCAUUUCCAAAUGGAAGGAUGCAGAUUCGAGAAACAAGUGGCAUUUAUACCGGAUCGAGCUGGAUCAGACUGGUCGCACUUCGCACUUUGUUGAAACAGAGCGGGAACUGUGA